CAGGUCUCUCUAAAUUGUUAUCUAUGCUUGUCAAUUUUACAUACUGGGCACUGAUGGUCGAAAAUAUUUUAUAACAGGUGUUACAUUUCGUACCGUUAACAGUAGAAAUGAAUGAUUUCCAAGUUACGUAAAUGAUUGACAUUAAAAUGAUACGUCGUCACUGUAAUUCGUUUCUUAGCAUUCCACUACGCCAAUUGGAGGUUACUUUGCGAUGUUGACAAUACGUUUAGAUAAUUUUAGGAAGCAUAAAAGAAAAGUAUUUUUGUCUUCCAUCAGCAUCCGUUACUGCUAAUUAUAAGAUAAAUUGAUUUUAUUGUUAUACUCGUGACACACCAUUAAUAAUAGCAACUUGCAAAGAAUCUGAUGUUUAAAAUCUACUAAUCUAGAAAAUUUGAAAAUUAUAAAAAAACUGAAAUGGAUAUCAGUAAUUUAUUCAAGGCUUGCGUAAAGACGGUACGUUUACGCAAUAAGGCACUGGAUUUUCCAAAUGAAAGUAUAGCACAAUCAAGAAUACUUAAAGCACGCAGUGCAUUUUUCACUAAAGCAAGUGAUGUGGUAACUCAAGUUACUAAAUUACGUGAAUUUUUGUUAAAUAAUCGCAGUGCCUACUUGAAUUUCUCUGGUCACCUUUCCAGUCUCCCACAAAUGACGGAUGUCGACAGAGAUGAAAUUGAUAUCGGAGCGCAAAAAAUAAUGAGUACUUGUUCACAGCUUAUUAAAGAAUUAAAAAGAGAAGUUAUGAAAGAAGAAGUCUCACAACAGAAUCUAGAACACCGAGAGAUAAUGUUACUGCUUAUUGAAGAAUACUUGAAAAAUGUUUGCAAGAUUUAUUCCGAGCAAAAGGCAAUCCGAGUCAAGAGGACCGUUGAGAUGCGAAAAUUGGUAAAGAUAGAGCCAGAUAUCAAACCUUCUCUGAACAUAGAUCGUUCAUCUAGAAAACAGGAAUCAACAGAUAAUUUAAGUACAGAGAAAAAUAAUACAGAUGGAUCAGCUGAAUCGAGCCCUAUGAAAAUUCUAGAGAUUAAUGGCGAUGUCAAUACUCUUACCUAUGAAGAAGAACUGUCCCCCGAAGAUAUUCAAAUGUUCGAAUCCGAAAAUCAGCAGCUAUUUAAUGAAUUAAAUACCUUGACGGAAGAGAUUAAACAGAUCGAGAGUAAAGUGGUGCAUAUCGCAGAACUACAGGAAAUCUUCACCGAAAAGGUUUUAGACCAAGAUAAAGAUCUCGAUCGACUGAUGACAACCGUUGUUGGUUCUACAGAAAAUGUAAAAGAAGCCAACGAGCAGAUUCGCCAAGCUAUUCAAAGGAACGCAGGACUUAGGGUAUCGAUACUAUUUUUCCUACUGGUUAUGUCAUUUUCCUUAUUGUUUCUCGAUUGGUACAAUGCUUAGGCGUUCGGGUAUAAUUAUUACCGCGUUACAAUUAAGAACUGGUUGUAAUCAUAACAUGUACAUAACUCUUGAUAAAAUACAGACACUGUACUAAUUUCCCUAAUAAGUUAUUGUUCAAAUAUUUGUACAUUCAUGUACCAAGUGCAUAAAUCUUGCGACUGUUAAAUAUCCGUAC